AUGAGUUAUUGGCCGUUAAUGUCGCCUUCUCGGCCUCGUGAUCCUUCAAACCAGAAGACCAAGUCUUCAAAUCAAAAGAAACUAGGUUUUCGUCCUCCGUCGCUGAAGCUUCGAAGAAACCCCUUCGGUCUUGAAUCCAAAGUCACAGCUGCCCGGGGCAGUGUUUCAAGUCAAUCGAGUCCCACAGUCCACAAAGACCUACAGACAAUGCUAGCGAAGAUCGCGGACACCACCCAUGGCCCGUCUGCAGCAGUUCCAGGGGCCCCUGCUAAACACAUGGCACCCGACACUAAAAGGACUCAAGGCCAAUCACACCACUUGGGUCUCAAAGAAGAAGAUAUCGCAAGCGGGGGCGCCGGGGAUACUAGGUCUGCCUCCCCGCAGAAAUCUUUGGACACUAUGUUGGACUUGGAAUCACCCCAAGAUUCCGAAGGUGAUUCUGAAAUUUCUCCAUUGUCGGACUAUCCUCAUCCAUUGCGUUCAGCUUCCCGCUUGGCCCGAUUCUUCCCAGAGCUAUCCUCGCACUUCUCCGUUGUCUCCCCGGUCAGCACUGAUUCCAAAAUGGACCGCUCGACGGCGCCCUCUUUUUUCGAACGAGAACUAGAGGAACGCGUGCAGACCUUAUAUCGAAGCUCUGAAGACGUCGCUCCCCAUGCACGUGAAUCUGCCGAUCAACCGCAGAUCAGUCUCUCGUCUUCUGGGUCUGAUGAGACUUUGGAUUAUGCUUCAUCAUGCUACAGUCGUCGCACUUCGGUGACCAGUGUCGGCAGCACGUUCUGGGGAGAUGAUGGACAACACCCUUACAAAACGGCUGAUGCAUACUCGAUAUAUUCUCCGGUCGCCGCGGGUGUCUUCGACGAUGCCCAUUCCAUCUACUCCUCGCGGCCUUCCUCAGUAGUGGCGCCCUGCCACCUACGCGUGUCAAAACCCGCCCCAAUCCCCAUCACCAAAAAGGUAUCAAUGAACGACCUCAAAAACAAGCCCUUGCCGCUAGAGCCAUCCUUUGGUCCCAGUUCAGCCCCAAGUCACCCCAGCGACUCCCGCCUUUCGGCAGUUUCACCACCCUUCAAGUCACAGCGGUCAACGCAAUACUCCAAGAGAGAUUCGCUGAUCUCGUUGCAACACUCCACCACGGUGAGCCAUGACGACUUGAAGCAUUCCAUGUUACACCAGUCGAAUACCCGCCGAAAAUCAAAACAUCCAUGCCAUACAUGCGGACACAGUCAGCGUCAGCCGCAGCGUCAGGGUCGACAACGGUCAGAUCUGAUGGUCGCUGGUCAUCGAGCCCGCCAUGUCCCAACGUUGUCGCAGGCCGCCGAAGAACUCGAAGAUGCCCUAGCGGGCCUGGCUGAUCAAGAUUUGUCUCAAAAAACGCUGCUGAUCCUCGAUGGGCCGUUGCAGAUCAGCCGCCAUAACGGGGACCUGAUUGCUACCCGGCCCGCCCCUCUCCCCCCUUCCACAAAGCCUCACUCACAAACCCCGCAAGGGAAAUCGACUCUGGAGAACAGCAGUCGGGUCAAUACGAUUAAAUCAAGAGACCCAAGUCCAACUAAAGAAAAAAGUCACAAACUCAAUAAGAGGGAGGCGAAAGACAAGCCUCGUCGAUCGGGCAGGGAUAAGGAGAAGGAGAUGGAUGAGAAGCCAGAUGCAAAGAAUACUCCAACUCCCAAGGAAACCAUCAAAAAGGCAAAAUCCAAAAAAUCUUUCCUAUCCUUUCGCAAGCAAAGCCAAGCGCCGCGCGAUGCAGUUAGCGUCAGCUCACGGUCGGAAGAUUCCCUCCACAUGACAUUGGAAUCGCAUUCCGCCGAUCCCCUCGAUCUGGCCCCCACGCGCGACAGCCUGUUACUUCAAUUACCCCGUCUACAAACUAAUCAUUUCGGGAAUCCCUUCGAUCACGUCGCGGAACAAGCAGUUUUGUCGGGUAGCCCCGGCCCAGUCACCAUGGAGGGCGCGAAACUAGAGGAGCCCAUCGACUCCAAAAUCCGUCAGAGCUGGGCUUUGGUCUCGACUGCCAAGGGGAGCAGUGUCCAACUCACCGAACAGAUCUAUGAACUUCCUGCUACUCCCCUGUCGCCUUCAUCCGCGCUCCCUUCGCAGGCCGAGCGCAAUGUCCCGUUCAAUAUCACCCUCCCCGAAGAUAUGCCGGUGGAUUUGAUUUUGUCAAUCAUGCAGAACAUCGACUCUCUAGAUGACCUUUUCAACUUCGUCCUCGUCAAUAAAAAGAUCUAUACUGCAUUCAAAGGUCGCGAGCUGCCCAUGCUGAAAAAUGCCCUGUUCAAAAUGUCCCCGCCCGCUUGGGAAAUGCGCGAGAUGAGUCCGCCAUGGGAAAUGGAGUGGCAGCUACUUAUAGAUCCUGACUCCCAGGUUCCAGAAUACACGCCCACGCUGUAUCUUCAGAGGUAUGCGCAGGAUAUCUACACCCUUGCCAAGCUGAAGGCGUUGGUUCUUGCACGGUGCGCUCCAUUCCUGCGUCACGAUACCAUUCGUGGUCUAGCGGGCGUAGAUAACACCCGUGCUGAGGAAGUGGACGAUGCGUUCUGGCGGCUCUGGACCUUCUGUCGUAUUUUCGGCAGUGGUAAAGGGCGGGAGAAUGAUAUCGCUGGCCAAAUGGACUGGUUGAAGGGUGGUGUCCAGGCGAAGAAUUAUUUCACCUCGGCUUCGACGAUGACACAGCCUUUCGGUAUUAAUAAUGUUCUGUUUGAACCGCCCGAGGGAUUCGGUCGUGGGAAUCUUUCCGGUCUAUCGCAAAAGCAGAUGUACGAUCUGACGGAGAUCUGGACGUGCAUGGGUGUUCUGUUGCAGCCGUUGCAUGGAAAAUGCAUAGAAGCUCGCAAGGUCGGCAUUUUUGAUGACAUGAACGUCCCAGAUGGUGAUUUGGCUCUCGAAGAGACCGUUCUCGAGGAGUGGACUUCAUACAUUCUCACGCUCGGUCUAGGUGCAGUCUUAACACUCAGCUCAGUCUGUCCGGCCGACACCACCGCCGCCACAUUCACCAAAGCGAAGUCAAUCGGUCUCGCCAAAUGGGAGCCAACCGAAACCGAAGCAAGUCGAUCAUCAUUCCUGAAAGAAGCAGUCUCUCGCGCCUACGAGCUCCAAGAACGCGCACUUGAUAGCCCGACUGAAAUCAGCCCGCAAAAAACAAGCCAUAUCGAAAAUGACCGCGAUAUCCGUGAGCGCCAAGCUGGAUUCGCCCACGAGCUUCGUCGCCGCCGUGAGCUCGGUCUCGAUCCAGAUCCCACAGGCCAGUUUUCCUUCUCUGCCGAACGCCCUAUGUCGGAGUUUAGCACUAUUGUCCAUAAUCUCAACGGGUCGAUUCGAGAUCACCGGCCCAUUCCAUCUGUGCCUGCUCUCGUUCUUGACAGGUCCUCGACGUCGACUGCUGGGACGGCUCCUAGUACCCCGACUUACCCGUCUGAUCCUGCCACUGCCUUUGCUUCGUCGUACACUCCUCCGCCGGCUAUGGCGCCUCUGCCUCUGCGGCCGCAGGUUCUGGAUCCUGUUGACCGCGCCAUUGAUAUGAUGGUUAAUGAGCUUGGCUUUAGCCCGCAAGAUGCUAAGUGGGCUCUUAAGAUCACGGAUACUGGUGAGGGGAUUGAUGCUACUGCUGCUGUGCAGUUGCUUCAGCGUCAGCGGAAAAGGAAUGAGCGCAACCCCCUUGGUCAUAGUGAUACUCUGCUGUCGGAUGUCAUUAAGCGUCAAAAGUCACAAGAGUCAGGCUGGCGCUGGGCUUGA